GAGAGAGAGAGAAAGAGAAAGAAAAAGAAACUCUGCUGAGGAACAUUUGGCGGUGAAAGUAACAAGCACUACAGUCUGUUGGCGCAACCAGGAAUACAGUUGUUGCUUUCAAGGGAUCUAUGUGGAUCACAGCUGAGUUGACAUGAUGGACUUUCGUCUAAAAUGCAGGAUGUGGUUACCUCUGAGAUGAUGGAGGACAAGAGCGGAGUAUCUCACGUGAUGGAGGAGAGUCCGGUGGAUGUGCAGAUCAGUCAAAUCAAAGCUGAGCCACAGCAGGCCAACAUCAACAGACCUAACUGGUCCAAUGGUCAGUGUGUUGUGGCGAUGCCAAGCUGUUCGUUGCUUAACCCGAGCUUUGAUCUGUCACUGUGCCGUGCCAAACUGGAGAAUGAUGGCUUUCAGAUUCCAGUCCGGGACAUGGAGGCUCCGCUGGAGACAGCUCUGAGCGUUCCCUCAGUCAGGAGAUACCUGGUUUUUAACUCCGCUCUCUUCCAUUUUAUACUGGCACCGGUGCUGUAUGUGGUGGUGUGGUGCGCCGUGUUCUCCACACUCCACCUCUAUAUCACGGUCAGGGACUACUGGGUCCUCUGGCUCUCUGUCAGCCUGGUCUCCAUCUUACUCACCACUGCCAUCAUCUUCGUCCUCCACUACAGUAACAAGGAGAUCAACAUGAACGUGGACGUUCGGUUAAUCCAGGUGAAUGAGAGGUUGGUGAAACACAAGCUGCUGGUGGCUGUGGCCGACUGGGUGCAGACCUGCGCUGGAAACAUGCAGCUGUACUUUGUGUUUUGGGACAUGUCUCACUGUCUGAGGGCGCUGACUGAAACUUUAGAGGAGCAAAGCUUUGUGGAGGAUGACACCCAGAACAAAAUGAAGAGGAAAAUGUCGCACCUCGUUCUUGUGACGGAGGACCCGGCUGUUGACCCCGAGCUUGGCGGGUCCGAUGUGGAGCAGGACUCCAGUGAACAGAGGCCUCUGCUGAGACAUGAGGACACUGGCUGCAGUACCUCCUCCAGCCAGUGUGGGGGCGCCAAAGUCACAACCAACUAUAGCCUCUUCCCUGAUGCGUCGUUACCUGCCCAGGCUAAAGCCUACCAGCUUCUGAUGACCUACAGUGCCACUUAUGUGAGGCUGCUGGUGUCCGACAGGCUGCCAGGACCCUCAAACUACCGCCUGGGCCCUCGGAGGAAUCACUGCUCCAACGCCCAUCUCUGCCUUUGCCAGUACAUCAAAAAGAAAAUCCUUCAAUAACAGAACCAGAGUCAAACCAGGAACUUUGAACUAGUGGACUAUAGUCUUUAAGACUUUUGCCUUCCACGCAUGCCCUUGAGCAGACAAACUGACAUGUAAGAGCAUUUCCUCUGGAGCAUCAUGAUGUUUUUAUCCAAUCAAGGAGCUGUUUGGAGCUUCACACUCUUGGUUUCUGUGGGCCGGCUCCUGUGCUGCUGUCUUCACGCCAGCUCUGUGUUUGCAUCAUGUUGUUUUGGUCCCAACAAUUUCUGCACCGUGCCAAACACUGUCUGAUCCACCUGCUGUCAAACAAUAUUUGCAUUCUUGUACACAUGGCAAUCACAGCCUUAGUUACUGUAAAAUUAAAAAAAUUAUCAUCACUGUAUAAAAUACAACACAUAAAUGGUAAACUAGUGCUUUUAUAUCUUUUUGGCUUGUGACCUUUUACUAAAAGUCAGUGUCUAGUCGUGCCUAAUUGUCACAUGUAAGAUAGACCAGUACUUUUACUUCUGAUUCUUUAAGUACAUUUGGCUCACAAAACUUAUUUCCUUUUACUUAGUAGGAGUUUGACAGUGCUGGAAGAGGUAUUCAGAUGUUCUAAAAUUAAAAUGUAAUGUCAGAAUGUAAGAAAUACUUAAAGUACGAAAAAAAUACUUAAAGUAUGAAAAGAAAAAACACUGCAGCCGAAUGAGAAGAGUCACAGUGGUACAUUACUAUAUUUCAUAUUCUUGGAUUUAUAUUUGUUGAUUGAGCGAUUUCAUGUUUAAGUUGCUGGAGUUAAAGUGAUUAUCGCCAAAUCUUUAUGAAGGUAAAUUAUUCUGUAACGAUGCAUUUUAUUUCAAGGACGGAUCACGUUUUGUGUGUAGCAUCUAAGCAUCAUCAUCUGUAGCAUCACCUGCAAAGUAAAUAGUACAACAUUUCCCUCUGAUAUGUAGUGAAGUAGGAGUAUGACGUAACAUAAAUUAGAAAUGCUCAAGUAAAGUAACUAAAAAUUGCACUAAAGAACAGCAUUUGAGUAAAUCGCAAUAUUCUACCACUGAACUUUAAAUGCAGGAUUUGUGACAUAUUAUUGUGUCUGUACUUUUACUUAUAUAUACUUUUACGUAAUAUGUCUGUUACCACUGAUUGACAAAACGUGUGUAGACAAAAACAAUAGAAGCAUGAAGCGAAAGAAAGAGACUUCCCUUGAUGCAGCUGUGUGAUGAUGCUGAAAGCAGGUUACCAUGAAUCCUUGGCUGGAUAUAUUACCAUAAAUGUCAGCCACAGAAGUA